AUGGGAAAAUCAUAUAUAUUUAAUCAAAAAAGAGCAAACUUUACAGACGAAAAUAAAAUAUUUAUCAGGGAACAAUCUGAUAAAUACCAAAAAUCAACAUCGAGACAUGAAAAAACGAAUAUAAUCAAACAAGUUCUUCAAUAUUUUAAUAUUAAAUACGCCGAAAAUGAAUCUAAAGCUGUCAGAAGAUAUUUUAGUUAUAUUGCAGUUAAAAAUAUUCCCGCAGUUACUGGAAAAUAUCCUGAUACAAUUGUUCGCAAAGAUAUGCUUUAUUCGCAUGAUCAUACAAAUAUUAUUAAUUCAAAUAAUAUUGAACGUUACUACCGUUGCAUCGAUCAUUCUUGUCAAGCACGUUAUUUAGUUAAAAUUGAGAACAGUUCAGUUUCCGAAGAUUUACAAAAGGAACAUAUACCCGAAUGCAGACAAUUUAAAAAGUUACAAAAUGAAAAAAAUGAUCUUCAUAAAUCAAUGACUCUGACAGAAAUAUACAAUAAGGCAAUGGCAAAAUUUUCUGAAGACAACGGCACUUUUCAGCAGAUUAAAAAAUUUAUGACAGAACUUGCUGUUGGUACUGAUGAAAACCCAUUAAUUAAAGAUUCAUUGGUCAGGGAAGUUUAUAAUAAGUCCAGAAAAUUUUCUGUUGGAGAAAAAAUUACAGACGAUGAAAUUGCUAAUUUUUGUUUAAUAAAUGGCGAGCAGUUUUUCAUUGGCCAUGAUUUUCAAGCAAAUUGUGAGACGAUGUUUUUUGGUUUUGAGAAGGCAAUUCAAUUUGCAAAAGAAGCCACAGAUUUAUUUUGCGAUGGAACUUUUAAAAUUACACCAAAACAUUUUCAAAAAGGACAGAUGCUAACAAUUAUGAUUUGUGAACCUUCAACAAAUCAAUAUCUACCACUUUUAUUUAUAUUCAUGAAAAACCGCACAUUUGAAUCUUAUAAGAAGGCAUUUGAAUAUAUUUUUACUGUCAAGGGUAUUCAAUUUUCAAAGCUAAUUCAAAUUCAUUGUGAUUUUGAAAAGGGAAUGAUAGAGGCACUUCAACAAAUUUUCCCUAAAGUCC